AUGCGCAUUGCGAGGGCCCUGGAACUCAACGCGAUGCAGGUUGCUCAGGUACUCCUGAAAAGAGUCGAUAAGGCCGCUGUGAACCUUACACGGAUGCCAGAGCUGAGCCAUUUUAGUGCUGGUGAGCCGAACGGCCCUGGUGGAGAACCCUGGCCGCUGGAGGAUCAGCUGACUCUGACAGUUCGCGGGCCCUUGGUUCACGGCGAUCAUGGCGUGCAAGAGACCGACAUCGAUGAAGACUACCUCAUUAGGCUGGGAA